AGCUUAACAUGGCGGAAAAAUAAAUGAAAAGGAGAGAUUACGAAAAUUAUUUCAAUUUAGUUUUUUUUUAAUAAGAAAGAAGAAAUUCUAAAACUGAAAUAAUGGCGGAUCAUAUGGUUGUAGCUAGAUUAUUUCCUGUUUCACCAGAUGAAAAUUCUCCAAAUUCGCCCACCAGCAAGAAGUCCACAUCGUAUAAAAUUGGAAAUAGCGAUGUCAAAUAUAAACUUCCACCGCCAUCCACAAUGAAGCCCUACGUCGACACUCAAUCAGGAGCUUUAGAUACUUGGCCAGCUCAUGCAAAUAAUUCUCGUACAGUUCCAAUAGCUGUUAGCUUGACAAAAGAUAAACAAUUAAAGGUUACUGAUGAAUCAAGUGGGAAAACAAUAUCUCAUGUUCCAAAGCCUAAAUUCUUGGAACAAUUAGAAAAAUAUCUAAAAAAGGAAUUACAAGCUCUAGGCGUUACCGAAGUAGGCCCAAGUGAAUUAAGAUUGCAAGCACAUAGAGAAGUUUUUGAAUACUUAAUUGAAGACUUUCGCACCUAUCGGCCUCUCCUGUCAGCGAUUAAGAAUGAAUAUGAAAUGAUGCUUAGCUAUCAGAGAAAUGUAAUUAGACAAUUAGAACCUCUGAAGCAAAUGAUUGUUACGGUUUCAGAACAAUGCGAUCAGAAAAUUAUGGCUAUUAGAGAUGAAGAGAAACAAGAAAUUAGAGAUUUGAAAGGGGAAAAUAGCCGUCUAUAUCAGAAAAUAUCGGAAAUAAACAAUGAAAAAUUAGAAUUGAAAUCUCAAGUUGAAAAACUUCAGGACGAAUUGGCCGUACAGUAUCUACAAUAUAGAGAUGAAUGUGACGAACGUAAAUUACUUAUAACCGAAUAUAAUAAUCUACGUUACGAACAAGAGGAUAGUAUGAAACAGAAUCCCGAUUUGGAGGAAGAUGAAGAAGAAAAGUUAAAGAAUGAUCCAGUCUUCCUAAGAACUGCGUUACAACAAGCUAGAAGAGAUGAAGCUUCAGCUACUCAAAGACUCAAUGAAAUGAUUGCUAAUUACGGCGAUGUUAUUCCGAGAAGAAACAUGGAAAAAUUGCAAAAGGAUUACGAGGAUAUAAUUGCUCUUCACCAAAAAUUGAAAGCGGACUUUAAUACUGCCCUUAAGGAACGCCAAAUCCAGGAUGAUCUCUACAAGAAGACUGUAGAAGAAAGAGAUGAAUACUUUGUUAAUGCUGAAAGUUUGCGUAGAAGCGCAACACCUCGUCCAGACUGGGAAUCUUGUGCCGAUUAUGUUGCUGGUGGGGCCACUCGUUGGAAACAAUUGUCAGAUGGAAAAACAAGCAAGCAGAAGGUUAAGGUUCUCCUUAAUGAAAUAUCCGGAGCCGCUUCUUCCGACAAUACGGGAGCUGAAUAUUUUGACGGUUUGGGAACGAGCGAGCUUAUACCUAGCUAUUUACAAUACGAAGGAAAGGUUCGUAAUAGAAGGCUGGGAAAGAGGGACGCUGCCCUAUUAAUAAAAGAUAUUUGGAGACAAAAAAUGGUUAAGGAUAGUGAGAACGAUGAUAAUAUUAGAAGUAAUAUGGCAGAUUUUGUCAAGGAUUACUUAAACAGUCGAUUUCCUGCCGAAUCCAUGGUAGCUGAGUGGGCCUAUAAUAUGAGAGAUGCUUGCCAAAGAUACAGCCACGACCAAAAGAUUGGAUUGUUUGGUUUUAUCUUAAGCGGAGAUGCUGACGAAGAGUUGUACCAUUACGAUUACGAACUGUUGGAGAAUAUUAGAAGUGCUUUUAUUAAAGUUGAUUCAAACAAUGCAGGAAGCGGCCAAUUAAAUCGUGAAGAGAUUCAAGAAGUUCUCAAAGAGCAAUUUCCUAGCUGGAAUGAUGAUGAAAUCUCUAAUUGUAUUAAGGCGGCUAUUAGCGAUCUUGAUAUGCCUAAAGAUUCUUCAGAAGGUUUUAAUUAUAGUAAUUUGUUCACGGAAGACGAUGAAGGCAGAAUGGGAACUUUUUGCGAAGAAAUAUUGAAACUACUAAAAACUGAAAGAAUGAAUUAUGUAGAUGAUUUAAAAACGGAACUAAAAGAUGAAAACCCUGUUAGCGUGAAAUCUCUGAAGAAAGCUUUCUCUAUCGUUGAUCCUGAAAUCGAGAUAGAAACUAUGCUAAAAUACUUAUCCUGGGUCUUUAAAAUUGAUAAAGAAGAAUUAAAGACAAUCGACAGUAAACAAGACGAAGUAACAAUGGAUUUUUCUAAAUUAGUUCAAAGACUCCAAUUGGGAAACAUUAGAAGAGUGGGAAGAAAGAAAUAAACAUAAUUUUAGCAUGUCUUUUUUUUCUUCUUUCUUAAGCAUCCCUGCAGACAUUCCAGUUGAAUAAUAAAAGAAAAAUGAAUGAAUAAAGAGAGAAAGAAACAUAGAAGAAGAAAAAAAAACUACAUCAAAACAAUUUUUUCGUCACAAUAAACUUUUAAAUAAAGAAAUUAAAUGUUUAAAUUUAUUCAUUAAAAUUGUACAAAAUCG